ACGACUAAACGACUAAACAACAACAACUUAGAUGGAAUUUGCUGUCCUCACAUUCUCUGUGGCAAAAGCCAGGGUUGUGGAGCCAGAAAGUCAAGACUGCUGCCCUUAAGAGGCAGGAGACACUUGCAGUGAGUGACAGCAACUCCACUCCUUGGGAGCAGGACGAAGAGCAGAGAGAAGGGAGAAGGAAAGACCAUAUGUUUCUAUACAGUGCACAGUGGCUGUUUAUAGUUUUGGAGGAGGGAGCGUGUGCAAUACAUCAGCUUUUGUUUUGGUUUGCAUAUUGCUUCAGGUGGUGUGAAUUAAGUAACUUUACCUCCCCUUCCCACAACUGCAUCACUAACCCCUCACUUCCUUAUCCUCCUUUGCCCUGAAAUUCUUGUCCUAUAUUUGAUUUCCCCCUCCCUCUUUGGUCAUCCACAUUCUCCCUCUCCUCCCCUUCCUCAUUUUAUUGCCUCCCUUCUUUUCUUCAUAAGUUAGAUCUAUUAAUAUAAAUCUGUGUUUAUGUUGCUUUAAAGCAAAAGAUAGGUACUUUAAAGCUGAGUACUGUACUUCCAAUUUAUAGGGCUUUUUAUUAAAAAUAAAUAAAUUAACUACAAUAGGGAUUAAAAAGACAUACUUCCAUCCAUUCCAAAUCCCAGUUUGUUAAUUAUCUUAAUGGUUUUCUUUGCAUAAGGUACACUGGAUAUUAUUUUAGUGCAAAUAAAUUAACCGUAGCAAGGGUUAACUUUUGCUUGCUCUGCUUCCUGGCUCCACCUAGAUUCAUGAUAAGUGGAGCAACUUUUUAAAACCACUUGUUUUUUCUGCAAGAGCUUGUGCUUGUGCUUUUGUGUCACAGAGCUCCGAGAGAUGGCUUUCUGGGUGAUGGUCCUAUGCGCCGUCCUGGCAUGCAUAUUGGGGGGGCUUUAUUUGUUGGGGGCGUUCCGCCAGAGGGGAGCCCAAGAGCCCCCUUUAGAUAAAGGCCUUAUUCCGUGGCUUGGAUAUGGAUUGCACUUCCAAAAGGACGGCGUUGCCUUCUUGCAAAGGAUGCAGAAGAAGCAUGGGGAUAUCUUUACGGUACUGCUUGGGGGAUACUAUUUCACCUUUGUGAUGGACCCCCUCUCCUAUGGAGCUAUUCUGAAGGAAGCAAGAACCAAGCUAGAUUUCACUUUAUAUGUAACCCAAAUUGUGGAGCAAGCGUUUGGGUUUCAGCAUUCAGAAAUGACUCAUAAGGUACUAGAGGCAGUCAACACAAAGCACCUCAGGGGCGAUGGGCUCGUGGUGAUGACCCAGGCCAUGAUGGAGAGCUUGCAUAGAGUGAUGCGCCAUAGCCUGAGUUCAGCAGGAGGGGAGAAGUCCUGGAAACAGGAUGGAUUGUUCCACUUCAGCUACAACAUGCUCUUUAAGGCCGGAUAUCUUGCUGUGUUUGGAAAUACAACCAGCAAAGGUGAAAAGAACAAAGAAGAUGCUGAGAGGAGUGACCUAGCUGACUCUGAAGAUUUAUUCGCAGAGUUUUGCAAAUUUGAUAAUUUUUUCCCGGGAUUAGCAUCUUCCAUGCUGUCUCCCAGAGAUAAAAUGGAAGCAGAGUCUCUGAAGAGACACUUCUGGAACAUCACGUCUGUAAAGGAAGUAUAUAAGAAGGAAAAUAUCAGUGGCUGGAUAACUGACCUGCAAAAACAUCUGGAUGAGGCUGGGAUGCCUGAAUACAUGCAGGGGCGGCUUUUUUUCACGUUGCUCUGGGCACUUCAAGCUAAUUCUGGACCAGCUUCCUUCUGGCUUCUUGCCUACCUGAUGAAAAAUCCCAAGGCGAUGGAUGAGGUGAGGAAAGAGGUGGACAGAGUGGUGGAAGAAUCUGGCCAGGAAGUGAGGGCAGGGGGUCCAGUGCUUAAUAUCACCAAGGAGAUGUUAGACAAGACCCCCAUCUUGGACAGUGCUGUGCGAGAGACUUUGAGACUGGCCACAACACCACUGGUGAUCAGGGUUGUGAUGGUGGAUCUAGAAAUCCAGAUGAACGAUGGGAGAAAAUAUCUUCUGCGCAAAGGAGACAGAGUUGCCCUUUUCCCCUUUGUAGCAGCACAUAUGGAUCCAGAAAUCCACCCAGAUCCCCAUGUUUUCAAAUAUGACCGGUUCCUCAGCCUAGACGGCACAAAAAAGAAAUUCUAUAAGAAUGGGGAAAAGGUGAAAUAUUUCUCCAUGCCUUGGGGUGCAGGGGCCAUGUGCCCUGGGCGUUUCUUUGCUACCAAUGAGCUAAAACUCAUUGCCUUCCUGAUGCUGACAUACUUUGAUAUGCAGCUGGUUAACGUGGAGGAGGAAAUCCCUCCCGUAAACAAGAACCGCUGUGGGUUUGGUGUGAUGCAGCCCACACACGAUGUUCAGUUCAGGUACCGACUUCGCCACUGAAGGUAGGAGGCACAGGAAGCCACCUGGUAUCAUGUGCCUGUGAAUCUUCAUGCUAAAUUGAGUUUUUAAAAAAUCAAUCGUAUGUUUCUAUUUUUUUUAAAGAAACCUUCCG